AUUCAAAAAUCAAAUAGUCUACAUAUUGUUUAAGAUCCCAAAAUCAGCUAGCUGAUUACAUGGAAUCUUGUCAUAAAUAUUCUCUUCCUCUUAUUGUUCUCUUUCUCUACAUGUCAUUCUUUUUCGUUGCUAAAGCUGAUGCUUCAAUAAAGCAAAGGCCCUUCAACAACAAGGUUUCGGCUGGUUUUGUCUUUGGAGAUUCGACGGUAGAUCCUGGAAACAAUAACUAUGUACAGACUUUCUUUAGGAGCAAUUUUCCUCCUUAUGGAAAGGAUUUUAAAGACCAAACGCCCACCGGAAGGUUUACUAACGGGAAGCUCUCUACUGAUCUCAUUGUUUCAUAUAUAGGCAUAAAAGAAUAUUUGCCACCAUAUUUGGAUCCAAGCCUUAGCAUUGAGGAGCUGAUGACAGGAGUUAGCUUCGCCUCUGCCGGCUCUGGAUUUGAUCCACUUACACCACAGAUAUCCAGCGUGGUUUCGAUACCAAAUCAGCUAGAGUAUUUUAAAGAGUACAAAAAAAGACUGCAAUCUGCCGUUGGAAAGAAAAGGAUGGAAGAUACUAUCGAGAAAGCUGUGUUCCUCAUCAGUGCCGGUACCAACGACUUUGUAGUCAACUAUUUCACCUUACCAAUUCGACGACGGAACUAUACUGUCUCAGCUUAUCAACGCUUCAUCUUGCAAAAUGUGAAGCAGCUUCUACAGGAUUUAUGGGAUGAAGGAGCUCGGAGAAUCGCAGUCACCGGGCUGCCUCCAAUGGGUUGUUUACCGGUUGUUAUCACUCUCAACUCUGAAAACGCCAUCCUCGAGCGUGAUUGCAUAGAAAAAUAUUCUCGGGUUGGAAUGGAAUAUAACCAAAUGCUCCAAAAUGAAGUGAAUUCCAUGCGUGGUAGAUUAACUCAUCUUGGUGCAAAAGUCUAUUACGUUGACAUUUUCACACCAUUGGUUGACAUGAUCCAAGGCCUUGGAAAACUUGAUUUUGACGAGGUUAGCGACGGCUGCUGUGGGAGUGGUUACUUGGAAGCAGGAUUUUUGUGUAAUCCAGGAUCAUAUGUGUGCGCUGAUGCAUCUAAAUAUGUAUUUUUCGAUUCAAUUCACCCAACCGUGAAGGCAUACACCAAGUUGUUUAUUGUUAAUCGUCCUGUCAUCGAUUCAAUGAUCCAGGAUUGA